GGAAUGUACGACGGACACGUUCACUAGUCGUGCAGUCCGGUCUAUGUGUAUGUGUGUGUGUAUAUGUGUGUGUUUGCGUGCGUUUGUGUGUACCACUUGCGAACGCCCCCCGGGCGCCGCUGAGGGAGGGAGCUUCACUGGCUAAGCAGAGAGACAGACUCGCCGCGCUCUCAAGCGAUCGGGGAGCCACUGACCAAAACAGUUCGCUCAGCCCUUCCCGGGAGCAUCAACGAAUGACGAGAGGGGACCCAUACAAACCUCUCGGCCUCUCGGCGAACACAAGUGGCUCGCACACACACAGCGAGUGAGACAAACGCCAGAAGGCGAGACGACAAGCGAGACGGUGAAAUACACACACUCAGUGUCGCCCAAGUGUUUGCUUCAUCCAGCGUGUAAGGCGGAUUACACACAGUAGGAGCACACGACCAACCAUAUCGACAGUCAUUACAAUAUUGGCUCCACCGGCCCAGCCAGCGGCGGGAUAGUUCACUACGUGUGUUCAUUGAGUACCUCCUGUUGUCGGUACCCGGAGGAAGAAUGAGUGAUAAGAAGUGAUGAAGUUUGUGAUGUUCAAGUAAUUGCCUCAUUAUUCCAAGGAGCGAUUCACCAAACACGGAAAAUGUUCGUUUACUGAAUGAUAACUUCUAUUUUCGCGAUCAAGUUGAUAUCUAUUGCGGCCAAUUUAUGUGUAAUAUAGUAUGUUGGCUGGCAUGUGUAUAUUCCGUUAAGCUCUGUGAUAUUUCACUUUGGAUUUCCCAGGACACUAAUACGUACCACAUAUAAAUUAUUUGUCACCGUGAUAGGCAAGUGAAACACAGAGCCGCCGUCCUUUUCAUUUUACCAUGUCCAAGUUUUCCUGACUGGAGCACACUCCAAGGUGUGUGUUGUGUCGUUAACAAAAACUUUCCCUCCUGGUUCUUGAGACAGAACCGGCAGGUCAACGGCCAAGCCAAGGUUUGUUUCGUCGUGACUAACCGAAGAAAAACAAAACAAAACACUGUUUCGUUUGACUGACUCUUAUUCUUUCUUGGUUGUUCUUUUUUUUUUUUUUAUUUCACCCAAUCGUGGCGCCCGCAAACGUUUCCGCAUGUGGACUCGUAGAUAAGUGAUGUCGCUAGCGCUUGCGCAUGCGUCCCUGCCCUCGACCGCCCCUUCCGGGUCAAACUUCUUCCACCAAGACAGGCAACUCCACAACAUCUCUCGAGACUCCGCCGGGAGUAACAGUAACAGCCCGGAGAGUGGCAGCAGCGAGACAGUGAAGAGCAGCUCUGUCUCCCCCUUGAACGAUCAGCAGUUCCAGCAACAGCAACAGCAGCUGGGUCAGCAGCAGCAGCAGCUAGGGCAGCAGCAGCAACAGCAGCAAGUUGUGAAUUCUCCUGUGUUCCCCGUUGGAUACCCGCAGGCCGACGGAGCGGGUGGGAAUGAUUUGAAGUACCCCGGAGUCUACAAUAUCUUACACAAUAUUAACGGAGGAGGAGCAGGAGCUGUAGCCGCAGGCAUGCCGUCUGCCUUCGGAGUCCUGGACGGAGUGGAG